AUGACUGAUCAAAACUACUCCAUGACAACUGAAUUUAUCCUGAUAGGACUUACAGAUCAACCAGAGCUGAAGCCACUUCUGUUUGUGGUGUUCUUUGUCAUCUAUGUGAGCACCAUGGUGGGGAAUCUUGGUUUGGUGGUACUGAUCUAUAUGGAGCGUCGUCUUCACACACCAAUGUACAUCUUUCUGGGCAACCUGGCUCUGAUGGAUUCCUGUUGUUCCUGUACCAUUACUCCCAAGAUGUUAGAAAACUUCUUUUCAGAAGAUAAAAUAAUUUCCCUUUAUGAAUGUAUGGCACAAUUUUAUUUUUUCUGCUUUGCUGAAACUGUCAACUGUUUUCUUCUAGCAGCCAUGGCCUAUGACAGGUAUGUGGCAAUAUGCAGCCCACUGCAGUACCACACCAGGAUGUCAAAGAAACUCUGCAUUCAGAUGACAAUAUGGGCCUACACAGCAGGCAACCUGCAUUCCAUGAUUCAUACAGGGUUUCUAUUUAGGUUAAAUUUCUGUGGUUCUCAUCAAAUUAAUCACUUUUAUUGUGAUAUUCUUCCACUGUGCAGACUCUCCUGUGUAGACCCUUUUAUCAAUGAACUGAUGAUAUUUAUCUUUUCAGGGACCAUUCAGUUUACGGUUACCAUGGUCCUAAUAUCUUAUCUUUAUAUCCUCAUCACUAUUUUCAAAAUGAAAUCUAAAGAGGGAAGAAGCAAAGCUUUAUCGACUUGUGCAUCCCACUUUCUCUCUGUCUCAAUAUUUUACGGUUCUCUUCUCUUCAUGUAUGCUCGACCAAGUACAGUUAAAGAAGGAAGCAAUGAUAUACCAGUUGCUGUUUUUUAUGCUCUAGUAAUCCCCUUAAUAAAUCCUUUUAUUUACAGUCUAAAAAAUAAGGAAGUAAUAAAUACAGUGAAAAAAAUUAUGAAGAAGAUUUAA